AUAAAGAAGGUAGUCGACCACGGUCAUGGAGGUCGAGACCGCAACCGCCAAGCCCGCGUCGAGCCGGCUCUCGUACGCCGACAUCUUCCAGCUCUUCCACGCCGAAGAUGCAGGAAGCGCAGAGAAGCUCCUAGCGGAGUACGAAGCCGUGCGCCUGGACGCCAAGGAGAAUGGCGGCUCUGUCUUUGGCGACGACGAGUCGAGCGACGAAGAUGGGCCUCGUACGCCGUCGUCGCGUAGCCAGUCUAGCUCAAGCAACCAAGCCCGGCGAGCGAACGACGCGUCCAACAAGCGGCCACACUCGCAAAUCUCGGACGAUGGCCCUCGCGCGUAUGGGCGCGGGCGCAUGGCGGCGCAGUCAGGCCGGCAGCCCAAGGUGAAAAAGUCCAAGCUCAUGCAAAAGCUCACGGGCCGCAAGAACGGACGACCAAUUGUUUAACACGAGCUCAUAGCUCGCGAUGCUUGCGCUCGUCUACCUCGUCCUUGCAUGUGCAGCUACACCCAGCAUCUCGCGAUGGGCACAGCGACUGUAGUCUCUUGGCCACUGUGGAGGACAGCCCCCAGAAUCGUAGGCU